GAAGUUUAUUACAGCGAAGCCAAGUGGCCCAAACUUUUCGUCCACAUGAAACUAAAAACAUAUGAAAAUUUUACUUGAUAUAAGAUGCCAAAGAAAAAGACAGGCGCUCGAAAGAAAGCGGAAAAGCAGAAGGAACGUCAACGAGGGAUAAGAGCUAGCCGUGAGAGGCCCAUCACAGAAUACUUUUGUAAUGUAAUUAUGGUACGUCUGUGGACCAUCUGGCUCUCGAUAGCCAUUACCAUUCGAUUUCCCAAAUUUGAUUGUCUUUGUAGUUAAUUGAAAAAAGGAAGGACUCAUAGUGUGUCGUUUUCUUGGGUUAUUUUUUUUAGGAGUGUGACAAGUGUAAAAGGUAAGCAAACAGCAUGCAUGAUGUUAUUAAUAAUGAAAAGGGGCCCCCUGAAAACGUUUGGCUCCCAUCUUCCUCCGAAAUCCUGAAACUCUUGGGCUUCCAAAAAGCCAACUCUCGGAUUAUUAAAACUUGUUGUGCACCUUCCUGUAAGGCCACUAAUAGAACUAAUCUUCCUGCCAGUGGUUAAAAUGGGACUUAAAACCAGGACCUCUAGCAAGUCGAAAGGAUCAGAACCAGGAUUCUAGUAAGCUCCCCACCAACCCCUCCCCUAAACCAACUUUAACAACAACUUCUCACCUAAAGUUUUUCCGGUAUGGUGGGAGUGGGUGAGAAGCUUCCCAGAAUUGUAUAUUCCGGUCCAAAUAUCCUUCUUUUUUGUUGUCUGAACAGACGGCAAAAGAAUAGAGCAUUUUGUUACUUCUGUGCAUCACUUCAGAAACUACCUAUCUGUGGCAACUGUGGUAAGUUUGUCUCUACAUGUACUGUUUGAAAAUUAACUGUUUAAGGCCUGAUAUCCACAUACAAAUUCUCCAGAUAAUUUCCAUACAUUUCUUUAUUUUCAGUUGGAAAAUUUGUUACAAGAUCAAAGUAUUUUCUUUUAAAUGAUCAUUUUAGCAGUUCUCCAAACCUUUCCUCCUGAUUAUGUAUUGAUAUUGUUUGGAGAAAAUUGAUAUUGAUCACUCUUGGGUUAUGUGUAACACAUUACUUGAUUGAAAAUUAGCAUGUAUUUCAUAUAGCAGAUCAUUAACAAUUAUUCCUCAAGCCCGAAAGGGCUCUGAGUCAAUAGCCCAUGAGGCCGAAGGCCGAAUGGACUAUUGACUCAGAGGCCAUGAGGGCAAGAGGAAUAAUUUUUUUAGUAAAAUCCAACUAAUUGGUCAAAAAUAUUGAGACACAACAACUUUAGCUAGAAAAUGUGAUUCAGCCGCCAUUGUUUUGGUUUUCAAAGCCGGCGCUUUUCGCUACUAGUGGGCUAUAACUUAUAGCCAGUAGUAGCUCAACCAAUCAGAACACAGCAUUGAUAAUAGACCACUAGUUGGACUCUACUAAAAUAUAUUAGUUAUGAUCUAUAAUCUCCUUAUUUUGAGGCUUGUGAGUCAUGAUUCCAUAGGAAAGCCAGGAUUUUAGUCAUUUUCAGGCUCUGUUUUUCUAUGAGUGGAUGCACCCCUACAGCUGAUUUCAUUGCCAUGUAUACACCCGGAUUUUCAGACAUGAUUCGAUGGUCAUGAUUCGACAUGUCAUGAUUCGACACUAAUCACGUGAUGUAUAGCUUUGAAAUACGUAAAUGGUUGCAAAAAUAAAGGCAGGCGAGAGUUCUGCCAUGGGGUCCGAAGCAGAGAGAGAAUCAUCUGGCUGGCAAGGAAAGCUUAACACCAAAAGACAUAAGUGUAACGAAGCUAGAAUGCUGACAAAUGCGUUUUACCUGAAGAGGAAAGCUUUAUUGCGUGGAAAGCGGCGACAUGAUACAGCAUGAUGCAAACGUGUGAUAAAACCUGGAGUUCAAUUGCCGAGUUACAAUGUAUUUCUGUAGCAGUAGGUGAUUUCUUAAUGGACGAAAUAUUAUCAAUACGGUGAAAAGCGAAAUAGUCCGAUGUUUUAUUGUCUAGUCUUCUUCCAUAUGACAAGGUUUCGGUAUUUUAACGUUGGUGAAUGCCCACAAUUUAUAUGUUUUAAACCGGUUUUGAACAGUGAUGUAAAUUUAGUUAAAGGAAGGCAAAUUUGUCUUUCCUGAAGUUGGUACUUUCUUAGUCGUCCUUACGUAACUUAAUUCUGCAUUACAUUAAAACAUUACCGGAAGAUUUGACGUUUUGCAGAAGAAAUCAACAGAUAUAUUGAUCAAUCUGCCGUUGUGAAAGAAUUUGCUGAAGAGUUUGAAAGUUUUGUUUUGUCGACCCUUGAUAAAUACCUGUAUCACAAUGUUCAGGCUUCGACCUAUGACCCUAGUGGGCUCAAAUUUUACAAAGCAGAUAAAGACAACCUAACAUAAAAGACAGCAACAUUUGUUUUUAUUGAAAAAGGGCAAAAUAUAAUAUUUCUUUAAAGAUCAAGGUAGAAGGCUAAUAAAAAGGUUAAGAAAAGAGCCGAAAAACUUAUAGAGCGAGACGACACACGAGAUAACAUGUAUUGCGAUUUACAAAUUGCGUGACUGGUGUGAGACUGUUGUCUGAAAUGUACAACAAAUUAUGGAUCACGGUCCUCUUUUUCUGAAUUACAGGAGAAACAUUCAAGCUAUCAUCAAAGUAAUCUUCUGAUUGUGUACUUUGUUUCCGGUAGGAUAUUCGAGGUAAAAUACCGUACUGCUUGGUAACCUCUCGGUCGAAUCAUGACGGUCGAAUCAUGUCUGAAAAUCCAGGUGUACACACAGCACUGAAAUCAGCUGUAAUUACAUUAAAAAAAAUUAAUGCUGCUCACUUUUAUCAUCUAUUAAAGAGAUAUAUUUGAAAUGCUGUAUUUUCAGGAAAGACAAAAUGCAUGGCCAAAACUGGAGACUGUGUUGUAAAACAUGGAGCAAAUUUCACCACUGGUAUGGCAAUGGUGGUAAGUACGUUCAUGCUUCAACAGUGAAACCUCGCAGUAGUGGAUCGAGGGAAGGGGUCCAGGGAAACCUAGGCCAUCACCAUAUUUCUGGGCCAAACUAAAGACUCAGGGCAGAGAAAAAUUUCAAGGCUUUGCCUGUCCCUCUUUUUAGAGUCUGGCAGAGGGGGCCCCUACUUACUUAAAGGUCCUAUUUACAAACCGGAGUGCACCUGAGGAGUAGACUUAAACGGUGCGUUUCUUUACUAAAAUCCAAGAUCACGUCAAAAAAACUGGAUCAUUAGGGUUUCUCGUCAAGAAAAGAAACAAUUUAGCCUAAAAAGGACUAUUUUUCAGUCAUUUCACUCAGAAACGACCUACAAUAUUGACGGUAUCCUUCAGAAAGAAUAACAUGGCUGUUAAUAAUGUUGCAAAUUUGCUGAUUUUUCAUUGUAUUCUGGACGGUUAGCUCAAGGAUACGGCUUGAAGAUGAGUCUUGAAAUAAGAUAUCUACUGGAAAAGUAAAAUGUUGCAAGAUGUGCUGGCGAAGUUGUGUAGCAGUUUUGUCUCGAUUUUUCCUCAUCUAGAACAAUGCAGCUACACACCAUUUCUUCCCUUUUUUCUCUUCUUUUCUUUAUUUUUUUAAAAAAUUUAAUCCAAAUUUUCAUUCAGUACCCUUAACUUGCAUGGUUUACCCAGCCUAUAGUUCCAGGAAGCCUAUAGUUUAUAAGCCCUCAGCUUCUAUAUAGGCUUUCUUGCCAUUACCACUUUAAACAUUUCAUUUUGUAAAUAAUUUAAUUAGAAUAUUACAGUAUAUUGUCUUUAAGGUAUUAUAAAUUUCUGUAGACUUUUUGUAUUUCUGGUUUAAAUGGCAAAAAUAAAUGAAUGAAUGAAUGAAUGAAUUGUCUUGUGAAGGUGCUAAAUAAUAGUUUUACAGUCUAGUAAACCAUUGGUUUGUGGUCAUUUUGAUGAUUUAGUUAUUUUAGUGCAUUUUAAAAUGCGAGACUGUGUUACCACUAAGUAAAUUUGCCACUGAUUUUAAUUCUGACUUAUGUAAAUGAAGAUCCAUGAGAUUGUCAUUAAAGUUUCCUAUUCUGUUAUUAAAGUGUACAUAUCAGAAAGCUAUUACAACACAAUUUAUGUUAGUGUUAAGUUUCAUAAACAUGUACCUUCUCUUUGUUUUUAGGGAGCUAUUUGUGAUUUUUGUGAAGCAUUUAUCUGUCAUAGCAAAAAGUGCCUGACAACACAUGCAUGUGAAUGUGCUCUCAGAGAUGGCGACUGCAUUGAAUGUGAACGAGGAGUCUGGGAUCAUGGUAUAUUGUAUUUUAAUGUGUUUAAAUGAGAUUAAGGCUAAGUUAAACUUGAGACAGUGCUGGCCAGUAGUCUUUCAAGCAAUGUUAUUGGGGGUGCUCUAAAAGCUUCAAAGUCAGGCUGAUGGGUCUUUAUAGCUUCUCUUUUUAGGUCAGGCCAUUAAAUUAAAAUGAGAGAUUAUAUGGCCAGGUCGGUUACCCCACCUAAGCGGGUUACCUCACCCUCCUGGGGUCCCCCACCUCCAUGCAAACAGGCCCUUUGUUCGGGAACAAUUUUAGUUCAGAGCACCAGUGUGAGCCCUGUUCUUGCCAGGUUUGCCAGCUUGUGCUGGCAGUUUUGCCGCCAAACAUUUUGCCGAACUUGUGAUAGUUAGUGAGCCAUUUCACAGGCUAUCAGGGGUGCUGUAUGGUAUGGACACAAUUUAGGCCGCAGAUCCAAGUUUCAUCUUUAUGGAGAUGAAACAUGGGGAACAAGGGUGUUGCAGUGGUGAGAGCACGCGCCUCCCACCAAUGUGGCCCGGGUUUGAAUCCUGGCGUUGAUGCCAUAUGUGGGUUGAGUUAGUUGUUGGUUCUCUCCCUCUAAACUCUAGUUUUCCCCUCUCCUCCAAAAGCAACACUUCCAAAUUCCAAUUCAAUCUGAAACGCAUGGACACAUUUCAACGAGUUCUCAUGAACUCCUAGGUGCUCCGUAGGUAAAAAAAAUAACAAUUCCAGUUACAGAGAUAUUUAUGGAACUGGCACCGAAAGGACUGCCCAUAACAGAGAGAUCUGUCUUAGGGGUGUACGUCCUUAGAGAGGCGUGAAAAUAACAAAUAACAAUGAGAUUUGGAAAUAAUGAAAAAUUAAUAUUUAUUUGUUCACAGGUGGGCGCCUCUUCAUUUGUUCAUAUUGCGAAUCUUUCUUGUGCGAAGAUGAUCAGUUUGAACAUCAAGCUAAGUGCCAAGUACUGGAGUCUGAAACUUUAAAGUGUAAGUUUCUUUUUUAGGAGAUUGCAAGGUUGCUUUUCACUUGACCACUUUGUGCCCAGUUUCAAUUACUGGAAACUCUUUCCCACCUUAACCAUUUUGUCACUUUAGGUCUCUCAGAAUUACCACUGCCUGGUUCUUAGGCUAUCCCCUUUUUCUUUUCGUUAAGCGUUGAAUGCAAUUCCUGAUAUUGGGUCGGUCGGUUGGAUUGAAAAAAAAAAACCUUAAAAAAAAAUCACAAGAAGUCUCGGAAUAGGAGGCCCGGGUACCCUGGAACGACGUUAAAAGUUGACUUUCACAUAAUUGGAUUAAUAAAUUUACAAUUUGCUGUAAAAAAUGUUCCCAUUUUUCUCUAUGCUGUUACAAUGAUCAUUUUUCAGAUGGAUUAAAAGAAUUAUUCCUAGUGAAAAAUGGUUUAACUAUGUCAUUACUUUUUUUUUUUUUUGAAAAUGCCAAAAAUUUGGGUCGGUCAGAUGAUGCUAAACAGAGAAAAAAAAGAGGAUGGCCUUCGCUUAAUGGGAUAAGUGCCAGUCUGUUGAGUGGGAGGCCAUGAGUUCAAACCCCAGCUGGACCAGCGCUCAGGGUCUUUAAAUAGCUUGCGGAAAGUCAGUGCUGCCUUGUAAUCAUGUCAGCAAAAUUUGGUUAGACUUUCUUCUCUUCUCAGAUAGGGAUGAUCAAUAUGUGGGCCCCUUCUCACAUAUAAAAAUUCUAUUUAGCAAUUAAUGAAUGAGGCUGAGUAGGAUAUGAAGAAUUAAGCAGAUCAAGGAGGGUGUCUCGGCCUCGCUGGAUAACACCCUCCGAUAUCUGUUUAAUUCUUCAUAUCCUACAAAAGCCGAAUUCAUUAAUUGCUUUAUUAUUCAUUCAAAAUAAUUCCUAGCUUAAAAACAUAACUAAAACAUGCUUUCCUGCAUCAAUGUUAAGUUCACCCUUGAUAGUGUACGUUUAGGUUUGUCCAGCUCCGCAAAUAUUCUCCAAAUAGCAGAUGUCACCCUCUGAGUUGUCUUCUUGCUGUGUUUGCCAUGUUUUUAGCUAUUAUUUCACCUAGUUCCAGCUGUAUGUAGUUCUUACAAUUGAAACGAGUGAAAUGUCCGCCAUUUUUUUUUCAUGACCAAAACAACUCAACCUCGUCUCCAGGACUUCUCGGUAACGGUGCCUUAAACUGUAGCGGGCUGCAUUUUUGACGUCAUUUCCUCGUUAAACACAAAAUUCUUCCAAAUUUGCUCAUCAGUAACUGGUUAUGGUGAAUUAUGCAUGUGCUUUUAGCCAAUCAGAAUUGGGGAGAUAUUUUGAAUGAAUAAUAAGAGAUGUUAAAGAACCCACAAACUGUCGGGAAGGAUUCAGGGAACCAUUGUUGGCCGGUUUUACCCUCCCAUGAUUGAUUUUCAAUUUUUGCCUGGGACUAGUUAGGCAAAAUCAGGUUACAAGGCUAAAAAUAUGCCUUGAAAUUAGUAAACAUGCAUAGUGUGAUUUGUUGAAAGCUAACGAAAUAAAGCUCCGAAAAGUCGCCAAAUUUUACAGGCGUUUAUGUAGUGGUGGUUUUGGUGGUGGGAGCAGUUUCAUUAGUGUGACCCACCAUACAUGUAGAAACGUCUGUAAAACUUUUUGACUUUGUGUAAAGAUAUCUUAGCUCAAUUAUUUUAAUGUGUCACCUUUAAACUUGGUACGUUUCCAGCAGUGUCAAAGGAUAUUCACUACCUAUCUUUUUGAAACGUUUAUGAGCAAAUGAGUGUUAUUCAGUGUUAGGUGCUUAAACUAGAGAAGCUCAGGAUGAAGGCCACUUUGGUCGAUAUACCUAGAAUUAAGUUUACUCUAGCUUUGGUACCAUCUGCAGAGAUUAAAUAGAGGUUGGUGGUGCAGGUUAUUGGAUUGUCUGCAAUCAUAGCUCUUUUUUCCUGAAGUACCCUUUGAGAUUUUUUAGGUCUUACUGGUUUUUCUAUGUUCUUUUUUCUUUAGGUGGUUCCUGUAACAAAUUAGGCCAAUAUUCAUGUCUCAAAUGCAAGGUAAGCAUUGCUUGCAAGUUGCAGUAAUAACUAAAACUUUACUAGCAAUGCAUGAGAAAGGAAAUGGAAUCCCUUAUGAACGAUGAGUGCAUUCAAGAAGAUACAGGUAAAUUCGACACUUAAGUUGAAAGGUAUGCCUAGGCUCUUCAAAUUUAGUAAAUUUAACUAUCCUUAGCAAAUAAGUACGCGGUGCAAAGUAUCAAAUUUUGUUCUCUUUGUAAAAUUAUUAUUACGUCUAGUUUUCCUUAUUUUUCUUUCUUGUCCACUUCACCUUCCGUCCUGAUAAGCUUAAGCUAACUGCGGGUCGUGCGAAAUAUGUCCUUUUCUCUUUUCAGUUUACUUUAAUUUAUUACUUUGCAAUAAAGUUGUUGUUGUUGUUGAUAUGAUGACUGAUCAGUAGGGUGCGAACAAGCUCUCCAUUUGGGGAAUAUCGUGAAAAGUCGCGCGUUCCCUAGUCUGCUACACAGCCGUUUUUAGUGUCGUCACGCAACGCUUGCGUACGCGUUCCCGCACGGCUCGCUACUAGCUGCUAAGUUACUGACCCUCCAAAUAGUACAGUUAUCCCAAACUUGCUAUACGAGUGCCUGCUAAGUUUUUAAUACAUCUAGUAGUAUUGCUAACGUAGGGAUUUGUAGGUUUCAUAUCGAAAACGUUGCGGUUCCUUUGUCGUUUUGAAGCGAGCCAGGCGUUUUGACUGCUAAGUAAUUUCGGUUUUUUUUCUUGUUUUUCUUUUGUGCUUAUAUGACUUUAUCAAGUCCAAGAUUUAACUCAGCGUUCUCAUUCUCCAAGACCUCUUUUACGUGAUUGUUAACAGUUCAAGUAAUUAUAUUUUGCAUUAUUUUAGGCGUGUUACUGUGAAGACCACGUUAGAAGAAAAGGUGUAAAGUACACUAGAGGGCAGCCGAUUCCCUGCCCAAAAUGUGGGUACGAAACCAAGGAAACUAAAGAGCUCAGCAUGUCGAGUAAGUUAGCAAUGUUUCCUCACUUCUUUUGUAGUUAGAACAGUUAAAGUGGUCAAAUUUGACCUUCGGAAACUUAUAUGACAUUGAUUACCUUAGCCAGUCAGAAUGCACGGAGAUAAUGUAAUAAACCAAUCAGAACCCGAAGCACCUUUGUGUAGCAGGCGUCUUUGCCCCAGGCGCGGGAAAUUUAUGCAAAUAGGAACUUUAUUUUGUGAUUGUUUGAAAGGACGGCGCCAAAGUGUGUUGCCAUUUGCGUUUUCUGACAGGACAAAACCCAACUGAUUUUGAAAUGACUUUUGAUACUCAAUUAGCUACUCAAUAUUAGUUGGAAAACUUAAAUCUUGGCCGCUCUAACUUUGUUUUUCUCGUCCUAUUUUAGCUCGUAACUACGCCUAUUCUCGCCAUCGGAAUGAAGUUGGUGAUGAUUACGAUGACGACUAUGAUGUGUCGGGAGGUUUUAGUUACGGGACGGGUGGGUUCAGUUACGGGUCUGGUGGGUCUGGUUACGGGUCUAGCGCGUUCGCUUAUGGAACAACUAGUUACGCAGACGAUGCGGAAGAGGACGAAAGUGAAAGCGAAGAAGACGAUGAAGAUGAGAAUGAGGAUAACGACGAAAAUGGUGACAGUGGCCAAGAAGAAGAAGAGAGGAACGAACUAAGCUCGGUCAGUGAGGAGAUAUCUCAGCUAUCAGUCGUGGGGUCGUGAACUGAAAACGGUCUUUGAGUUCCACACUUUUCUUAACCGUUUAAGUCCCAAUAUCCACCUACAAAUUCUCUAAACUGAUCUCCAUACAUUUCCUUUAAGAAUUACUUGAGAGAAUUGGAUAAAAGAUCAUGUCAUUUUCCCUUUGGUGAUCAUUUUAUUAAUUCUCAUAACUUUAUCUUCUGACAGUGUAUGGAUAUUAUUAGGAGAAAAUUGUUGUUGGUCACUAUUGGCACUUAAAGGGUUAAUCUAAUUUCCUAGUCAGGAACCAAAAAACAAACUAAAAAGUGCAUUAAGAAUUGUAACAAAUGAAAAAUUUCCAGGACUAAAGAGUGAAUUAGGUUCUAAUUUUGUACAACUAAACUAACUUCUUAUAAGACUAUGCAAGUAACCGCUUCAUCUUACGCCAAACGUGCAACUAAUCCCUUGUUCAGAGCAGACCACUUUGAAUUUCUUUCUGCGAUCCAAAACGCACAACCAGAUUUAUACGUUCCCGCGAGAGUAAGAAGAAUUGAGCUGUGAUCAGUUCUCGCGCAAAUGGCUGCACCCCGACGGCCAUUGUAUAUUUCUUGAACGUUCACAGAAACUAAUCUCGCGAUCAAGAUCGCGUUAAAAACGUAUUAACUAGAUCUUUUUCAAUCAAGCUCCAACAGAUAUCAUUUGAGGUUUAAGCUUUAAACAAUAAAACAAUAAAAACAG